UAAUCACAUGAUUUGUGUAAAUCAUGAACAUUUUGCUACAUUCAUCAGUGUUUAAUAAUGUCAAUUUCAUGGUUGAUCGUUUACCUUACUAUACUUCAUCAUUUAAAUUACAUGUUAUUAACAUUAUUUGCUGCUCAUGAAGAAGUGAUAUCUCAAGUAAUGAUUGUGGAUCAAUCUGGAAAUGGACACUUCCGUCAACUAAAACAUGCUAUUGAUUCACUUCCCAUUUCCAAUACAAGGUGGAUAGAAAUUCAACUCAGGCCUGGUGUUUACCGUGAAAAAGUAAUAAUCCCAAGAAAUAAACCGUUUAUAAGUCUAGUCGGGGAAAACAGACACAAUACUGUGAUAGAAUGGUGGGAUGGAGGAGGAAGAGCGACACUUAAUUAUGCAACGUUUUCAGUGUUGUCUGACAAUAUUGUUGUCAGGAAUAUUACUUUCAAGAAUACAUAUCGACCAUCUAUAAUAUCCCAAGCUCCAGCCGCUCUAAUAAUUGGAGAUAAAGUAGCCUUUUAUGAAUGUGGAUUUAUUGGUGUGCAAGACACCUUGACAGAUUUUAUAGGACGUCAUUUGUUCGAAGGGUGUUACAUUGAAGGUUAUGUUGAUUUCAUAUGGGGCUAUGGCCAGUCCAUAUAUCAUGGUUGCAUAAUAAACGUAACAAGUGGACCAUAUGAUGAUAGAAUAUAUGGGGCUGGUUAUAUAACAGCACAAGGUCGGAUAAGCAAAGAAGAUAGUAAUGGAUUUGUGUUCAAAUAUUGUAUGGUGGUUGGCACAUCUUACGCAUUUCUUGGAAGACCAUACCAAAGUUACUCCAGAGUUGUCUUCUACAAAAGUUACCUUUCAGAUAUCGUUGUUCCUCAAGGAUGGAACCCCAGUUUUACUCUUGGCCAUGAAGAUUCAGUAGCACAUGAAGAAGUAGAGUGCAUUGGACCAGGUUCAGACACGUCUAAGAGGGUAAAAUGGGGAAGAAGUUUAAGAUCGGAUGAACUUAACUAUCUUUUAAAAACUAACAAUUUUAUUAAUCAGGAUAAUUGGAUUGAGAAUCAACCUCUUCCUACUAAAAUAAUGGCUUCUAAGUUCUUCAGUUGGACCACCAACAUGAAGGAACCAUAAUUUGCUCACCCUAAAUUAAAGGGAUUAAUCCAUUGCUUCUUAUACUUCUAAAGUUCCUAAUUGUGUAAAAUUAUUUGUGUGUUUAUGGACAUUGUAUUUGUUAAUUAUUAUUGAUUCUUCGUAAUACAAAUGUGAAACUCCAAGUUGAUCUCUUAUCAUAUUUAAU